UCAGAGAGUGUUUCCUGCAGGUCUGUUUCUGAUCACAGCUGGCACAGAGAAACCAGAAAUGGUGGAGGUAUUAGCCAGCAGCAAGGAGGAGCGCAACACAUGGAAGGCUAUUAUACAGGAAGCCAUGCACAGCAUGGAGAAAAACGAGGACGAGGGAGUUCCCAGUGAGACAGAAGAAGACAGAAAGCAGCAGGAGAAUAGAGCAAAGGAGAUUCGAGAACUUCUACGAAGAAAAGAUGAGCAGAUCAUCUCUUUAUUGGAGGAGAAGGUCCACAUCUUCAGGGAGUUGGGUGACUGCAAUCCGGCCCCUGAGGAUACAAACUCAUCAGUCAGGGAGCGAAUGUUAUUCAUGGUCACACCCGAUGAUGUCACAAAGGGAGAGCCAAUCAUAAAUAAUGCCCUAAGAGAAGUGGAGACCCUGCAUGCUUUAGUCAGCUGUGGUGUUGGUGGAGCAGAUUGCAGCAUUCCAGUUGGUGUGACAGGGGGCAGUGUGGGACCAGUCUGCCUGCCUAGGCGAGCUGAAACAUUUGGAGGCUUUGAUAGUCAUCAGAUGAACAGCAGCAAAAAUGGCGAGAAGGAAGAGGGAGAUGAGUCACCGGACCUCCGCAGGACUGAGUCAGACAGCUUGUUGAAAAAGGGUACCACCACCAGUCUGCAGAUGCUGCUAAAGAGAAGCAAUGAAGUCCUGCACAGUGUGACACAUCUUCAUGACCUGCUGAUUUCACUGCAGGCAGUGGUGGUCAAGCAGGACUCAUUCAUCGAGGAUCAGCGGCAGGCCCUGAAUGACCGGUUCGCCACCAACUCCUCCAGACACUCGUCAUCCUCCUCACUCUCAACCUCAUCUUCUUCCCGCCCUUCCUCCCUCACUGAGCAGGAGAAGCACAGGAGUCUGGAGAGACAAAGACAGGAGGUGGCCAGCUUGCAGAAACAGCAGGUUGCACACCAGGAAGAGAAGAGAAAGAGGGAGAAGACGUGGGAGUUAAAGGAGAAAGGUCUGGCAGAACGGGAGGAGAGGCUGAGGGUGGAGGAGGAGGAGACCAGGAGAAGGCAUAAGGAGCUGAUGGUGGAAACCGAGAGAUUACAAAGAAAGAAAGAAGAUUAUCAGAGAGAACUGGAGAGGCUGAGAGAGGCACAGAGGAGGCUGGAGAGAGAACAGGAAGCGCUAAGGAGAGACACGGAGAGGCUGUAUGCAAGAGACCAGUCAGAGCAGCUUCAAUGGUACCAACCAACUUCCUCCACCACUUUAGAAGACUCCCUAAGGUUCCACAGCUCUGGGUCUCUGGAUCUGGAUUCAAAAGAAGUAGCAGAAUCACCGAAAGAGGUGGAGCUUUCAUCUUCUGCCCCGACUAAAGAACACUUCCUCCGCAUUGGAUCCAAGAGGAUGGGCAAAAACUUCAACCCAUUCUCCUCUGCCCCCAGCUGUAAGCCUCAAGGAGCAGAGAAGGAGUCCCAGCUCCCUACCAAACUGCUCCAACUGGCUAAACCUAAAGAGAAGAAAGACAAGAAGAAGAAGAAAGGAAAAGGAGGAGAUCAGCCCGAAAUAGAGACCAAAGUUGCUGUGAUGCUGGACCCUCAGAAUGAGGGUGACAUCUUCUACUGCUGAGAAUCUGAAUGAUGCACAAGUAGACUUCAAAACUUCCUGAGGAACCAGACAAAUGGCCAGUGCUGCAAAAACUACUCAGAUUGUUUCUUACAUCUCUGUUUGGAUAGAAAAUACUCUCAUAAGCCACUGCUGACAGUCGGACCCUUGGACACUGUCCCAGCCUACCUACCAGACAGAGUGCGCUCACAUGGAUGAGAAACCAGCUCAGGGUCGCAGACUGCUCUAUGAAACAACAGAUGGAUUUAUCUGAGCUGUUCCAAGUUAAUAACUGGGGACAACCUCCUCCAGAGACAUUGGGUAGCAUCAUGUUUAGCUGACAUAUUCAGUCAUAAGGAUUUUAAUCAAGGAGUGUUCCAAGAAUACCCUCCAUCACUUAAGGAUGAGUUGUAAAGCCAAAGAGGAUCAAACAAGAACAGAACGCUUUCUUCCAGCUGUAAAUCAGAGACAUGCUAGAUCAUGUCGUGUGGUGCUUCAAGUCAGACAUGUUCAAGACUUCAAGCUGUUCCAAAACUUCGCUUUAGCAUGAACCAAUGACUUUUUUUCAAGAAUUUCUGAUGCUAACUUUACAUGCUUGGUUUGCUGGUGACUCGUGAGUUUCAGCAAACAGUCCCAGACUGAAUAACUCAAGGAACCUUUAAUCUAAUGUGUGAAUUAUGUCCCUACAUUUGCUUUAGCUCAAGACGUAUCAGUCAAAAUGACAACAAAGUCAAACCAGGGAUCCCCGAAUGCCAUGUAACACGGUGUUUCCAACAAUCAAUAUCCCUGAUUGAAUCCACUAUUUCUCACUGUCCCCACUGUGCACUAAGAUCGGUGUACAAUCAAGGCCACAGACAAUCAUGCACAGUCAGUCAAUUUAAUGUCAUCCACCAGAGAGACAAUUAAUCUGUUUAAAUAGCCUUGCCUCAUGGCCCACCAGUUAAAACUGGUGAGGCCUCGAAAAUCACUCCCACUCUGUAUGGAGAGCAAUUUUUAACAGCUUCAGAUGAGCUCUGUAGAAUAACCAGUGAUCCUUUGUAACUGUAGUUCAGUCUGAUAAUCAUGACAUAGCAACUCUUUUUGCAGCAUAGCCGAGCCACGCUAGACAACCCACGGCAACGAAUUUAAUUCUCUGCCAGGGUGGGUCUAGUUACCCUCAGUAAGCCUCGAGGUUGGAUGCUCCUAAAACUGGCCGACAAAUCACCAUGAAGUGUAGAGUCAGAAGGCGGGCAUAACUAAGUGACGACAGAGGCACGACGAUUCUGACAGAAACAACCGGAAACAACCAUAGAAACAAGGAUAGACAAGAAGAUGGCUGCGCACAAUAAACAGUUAUCUUUCAACUCGGCUUUGGCCACAGCCCUUAACGAUUUUAAGCUAAAAUUCAACUUGAAAGAUAAACAAAGGAUAAGAUAAGAAAGAUAAAUAAGGCUUCACCGAACUCCCGCAUCCUCUGAUUUCCGGUGCUCUAGGAACUACGUCAGCCUAUUCAUUGCGCUUAUUGGUUGUAUACCUACCCAAUUGCUGCAGAGUGAUUUGAAAAACAACCUUUUAGCCCGCCUCCCUCCCUGUCGAGAGUUCCUAGACCCUUGCGUCUUCAGACCUGGGUCUAGCGCGGCUAGGCUAAUUGCAGCACAGUACGAUCAGGAAUCCAAAGUUGUUAACAUGCACUUUACGCACACACACACACACACACACACACACACACACACACACACACACACACACACACACACACACACACACACACACACACUGUGUUUUUCUAUCAUUGUGGGGACAUACCAUUGACUCCCAUUCAUAUCUAACCCCUAACCCUUACCCUAACCCUAACCCAGACCAAAACAAUGCCUAACCCUAAAGAAACGUUUUUGCACUUUUACUUUUUUCAGUAAUAACAUGGCCAAGAAAACACUGUUUAAACUUGUGGGGACAGAAAUGAGGUCCCCACAAGUGACAUUGUUUUCGGUUUUCCUACAGUUGUGGGGACAUUUGGUCCUCACAAGUAUAGCCAGCACCUGACCACACACACACACACACACAUACACACGCACACACACACAUAUUUACAAACAAUUAUUUUAAUGGUCUGUUUUUUCCCAGUAAUUUAAUCAUAAUGUCUUUUCAAUAAUUUGAUACUGAUUAAAGAGAAAAUAAUGAUGUUGUUAUGAGGUCCAUUUACACCUAAAAUUAAUAAACACUUAUUGUUGCAAAUUUAAUUUGUAAUAUAUGUUUAAUUGUUUUUUAUGUACAGAUUCCCAAAGUCCUAAAUGGAUAAUAUUUCAUAUUUGUGCUUGCUUGGUAGUAAAUUUUCAUAUUUAACUGAAAUGAAAUAGAUGUGUACUUUCCUGUAAAAUGGAAAUAAAACAUUCCUUAUGGAAA